UGCACCGGGGGCCGCGGAGCCUCGCCUCGCUAGCGCGGCGGCGGGGGCAGGGCAGCGCCUGUCACUGGGAUCCAGCGCCUGUCACUGGGAACCGGCUCCUGCACCGGCACCGCCCGCCCUGCGCGCCGAGGUCCGUAACGGAGGGCUGGGGAGAGGCGCACCCGGUGCCUUAGGAGUCCAGCUGUAAGGAUUAUUGUACAAAGGAGCCGGGAGUACCUUUGCAACCACCGGGAAGAGAGACUUUUUUUUUUUUUUUUUUUUUUUUUUUUUAAUUUUAUUUUUCCCCCCAAAAUGAGGCAGGUUUGGAAUUAAAAUGUUCUGGUAGCAGGAGUGGAGUCCAUAAACUGAUAGAAACCAGAUAGAAAUCGGUAUUACUGCUUCCUCCAAUAGCUGGGUUUUGUUUCUUGGAUAUUAAGUUGCAGAUCUGAAGAGAUGGCAUUUCUUGCACUGCACGUGUUGAUUGGGAUAUUUAUUUACUUUAGCAGUGUAAAAGGAUCUUCCCAGCCUCAAGCAAGGGUGUUUUUAACAUUCAACGAGCUGCAAGAAACUAAGACCUCUGAAUAUCACAGAAUAUCCCACAGUCCCCUGGAUUACAGGAUAUUAUUCAUGGAUGAAGAUCAGGAUCGGAUCUAUGUGGGCAGCAAAGACCAUAUAAUGUCUUUGAAUAUUAAUAAUAUAAGCCAGGACCCUCUCAGUAUUUUCUGGCCAGCAUCAGCAAACAAGGUUGAAGAGUGCAAAAUGGCUGGCAAAGAUCCUACACAUGGCUGUGGAAAUUUUGUGCGUGUGAUACAGUCGUACAAUCGCACACACCUGUAUGUCUGCGGCAGUGGCGCCUUCAGCCCUGUGUGUGUGUAUGUCAACAGAGGACGCAGGUCCGAGGAACAAAUCUUCAAGAUCGACUCCAAGUGUGAAUCAGGAAAGGGACGCUGUUCUUUCAACCCUAAUGUUAACACAGUGUCCGUUAUGAUCAAUGAAGAGCUUUUUUCAGGAAUGUAUAUUGAUUUCAUGGGGACCGAUGCAGCCAUUUUUCGGAGUCUGACCAGGAGGAAUGCUGUGCGAACCGACCAGCACAACUCCAAGUGGCUGAGUGAGCCUAUUUUUGUGGAUGCUCAUGUUAUCCCAGAUGGCACUGACCCCAAUGAUGCCAAAAUCUACUUCUUCUUCAAAGAGAGACUCACAGACAACAGUGGCAGCACGAAACAAAUUCAUUCAAUGAUUGCAAGAAUAUGCCCAAAUGACACAGGUGGUCAGCGUAGUCUCGUGAACAAGUGGACAACAUUCUUGAAAGCAAGACUUGUGUGCUCAGUAAUGGAUGAAGAUGGAACAGAAACAUAUUUUGAUGAAUUAGAGGAUGUGUUUCUUUUAGAGACAGAUAACCCCAGAACAACGCUUGUGUAUGGAAUUUUCACAACAUCAAGCUCUAUAUUUAAAGGCUCAGCCGUGUGUGUUUAUCAUCUAUCUGACAUCCAGACCGUGUUCAAUGGGCCAUUUGCACACAAGGAGGGCCCAAACCACCAGCUGAUUCCAUAUCAGGGCAGAAUUCCAUACCCGCGACCUGGCACUUGUCCAGGAGGAGCCUUCACACCUAAUAUGCAGACAACCAAAGAGUUUCCAGAUGAUGUCGUGACCUUCAUCAGGAAUCACCCUUUGAUGUUUAAUCCCAUUUACCCAAUACACAAGAGGCCGUUAAUCAUUCGGAUAGGAGCUGACUACAAGUAUACAAAGAUUGCCGUGGAUCGAGUGAAUGCUGCUGAUGGAAGAUACCAUGUCUUAUUUCUUGGAACAGAUCAAGGAACUGUACAAAAAGUUGUUGUCCUACCCACCAACUUCUCUGCAAGUGGAGAACUAAUUUUGGAAGAACUGGAGGUUUUUCAGAGUAAUUCACCUAUAACAACAAUGAAGAUUUCAUCUAAAAAGCAACAGUUGUACGUGAGCUCAGAUGAAGGGGUCACCCAGGUAUCUUUGCAUCGCUGCCACAUCUAUGGGACUGCCUGUGCUGACUGCUGUCUAGCCCGAGAUCCAUACUGCGCCUGGGAUGGCAAUUCCUGCUCCAGAUUUUAUCCCACAGGGAAAAGGAGGAGUCGUAGGCAAGACGUGAGACAUGGAAACCCUCUGACUCAGUGCCGAGGUUUCAACCUGAAAGCAUACAGAAACGCUGCAGAAAUAGUUCAGUAUGGAGUGAAAAACAACACCACCUUUCUUGAAUGCACACCCAAAUCUCCUCAGGCUUCUAUUAAAUGGCUGCUACAAAAAGACAAUGACAGGAGGAAAGAGGUCAAGCUGAAUGAGAGGAUCAUAGCUACUGAGCAAGGACUCCUCAUUCGCUCUGUCCAAGACAGCGACCGGGGGCUUUACCACUGCAUCGCAACAGAGAACAGCUUCAAGCAGACUUUAGCAAAGAUCAAUUUCAAAGUGUUGGAUUCGGAGGUGGUGGCCUUCAUGACUGACAAGUGGUCCCCUUGGACCUGGGCCAGCUCGGUGCGAGCGCUGCAGUUCCACCCAAAGGACUUUGUGGGAGCUUUCAGCCACUCAGAAUUGCAGAUGAUUAACCAGUACUGCAAAGACAGUAGACAGCAAGGUCAGCAGAGGGAAGAAGCCCAGAAGAUGAGAGGGGACUACAGCAAACUAAAGGCCCUUAUCAAUAGCAGAAAAAGUAGAAAUAGAAGGAAUCAAUUACCUGGAUCUUAAUGUUAUUUUAUAGCAAUAGAUAUCUCUGUCCUCACUGUAGCGGGCUUGUAUUUGUCUAUUGAGAACAAAUUUGAGCAAAUCUAAUAAAAAAUUAAAUGAAAAUCCAACAAGCCACAGAAAAGAUCCCUCUCCCAAUAAAAUGCAGUGUAACUUAACUAAAGAAAAUAGUUCAGAGCAUUUUCUUUCCUAGAUUCUUGCUGUCACUAGGUUGGGCUCUGUCCUAGAGGCAGAACUGGGUAUUCAUCUUAAACUAGAUCCACCUUUAACAUCUCAGUAUUUAAUUACAGCUGAAUAGAAAUUUUUACAAUAUCAAUGCAUUAUCUUACAACUCUGGAACUACCAACCAGACUGGUGGUGAAAGAAUCUAGGUUAAGAUGCAUGCUGAAAGUAAGAUUUCCUUGCGCUGCAUUUAAGCAUAUGAGUUUCUUCUUGUUUACUGUUUAAUAUUGGGUUUACAGCUUUCACUCAUUGUUCAAAUCAUGUGAAUGCAUGCUGAUAGGAAGAAAGUAAAUUAUAGUAGAAAUGUUUCAUUCAUUCAGAGGCCAAAUAAAGGAACAAAUAGAAGAAAAAAAAAUAAAUUUAUACUUUAUUGGAGGAAACACUGAUUAUUGUGCAUAGUAUGAGUUGUAAUAAAUUAAUGAGUUCUGGAAUGUAACUUAAAGUAUCUCUGCUCAUAUUGAUUUUUAUUAAAGUAGGGUGUCCUAUAACACUACAUAGCUUUAUAAGUGGCACAAAGCUAACAUGAGAAUGUUCGUUAUACUUACAAUUUUAAAAAACACCUAAGUGACUUAGGUAUUUUAGCUAUUUUUCAAAGAAUUACACUCCAAUUUAUUUCAAAGGACAGGGUAUACUGUAUAAUGUUUACUCAGAAAUUAAAAACAUAGAUUAUCUUUAAUCUGUUCCUUGAUUAAUUUGGAGCUGGUCUGCAAUGUGGAAACAAGUCAUUAGUGACUUUGAAAAUUUUAAAACAUUUUUUCAAAUGUUUUCUCAAAGUUGCAAAUAAUUUAACUACAAUUCUUAAAUAAUCCAUUUCCAUUUUCCAGUCUUUGUACCCUUUCUUUUUUCAAUGUUAUUUUCACAGUUUCCUAUUCUUUUCAG